AUGGACGAAGUGCAAAUACAACCAAAUAAUCCAGUCGAGCCAUUGUUUAAUACUCAACCUUCUUCCUCAACAGUCCCUUCCUCAACAAAUAGCUCUGCAAGCGAUGAUGUUUGUAUGAUCUGCCCUGCCUAUGACAAUUCAUGGCUUUACUGCGCACACGAUACUCCAAGAUGCAAAAAGGCAACUCAUGCAUUCAUUCAAAAGGGAAAAUUACCUACAGUUUGCGAGCGACCUCAGCUUGCUCAGUAUUUCCAACGACAAAAGAUAACAAGCAUGCUAAUGAGUGACUACGAUAGGGCUCACAAAUAUAAUGAGCUUAAAAAGCAGUUUUCAGAAGCUUGCGCUUUAUAUGAUAUAAAAGACAACAAAGCCAAUUACCUAGAAGAAGUUGAACGCAAGAUUAACAGUACAGAAGAUAGUUCUACCAAGUGCACUGCAAAUUGGAACAAAAAAAUGCAUGAUUUCAAAAUUGAUUGUUUAUACAAACUUGACGAUCUUAAAAUCAAACAUUUGGCUGAAAUAGAGAAAUUUAAUGACUACUGGACAAGUGAUGACGUCGUAAAUCGUUAUUCCAGCCCUUCUUCAACACUUCGAGAUUUAUACAACCAAGAAACUAAAUUUAUUGACUUUAAAGACUACAACCAAGCUUCUAUUAUUCGUUCCCGGCGUAAGGAACAAGAGAAAAAGGAAACAGAAGCCGCACAAAACCAAUUAAUUUCAGAUGCCAAAGUUAAGUUAGAGGUACUUAGAAAAAAGCACCAAUAUGAGUUAGAUAGAUUAGAAGCGUAUUAUAUAGAAGGAGUAACCAACUUAAAACUCAAGAAAGAAAAAGAAGAAUUAUUAUUCGAAAAAAGAUUGACAAAACUGAAGAAAGACAGAGAAAACCCAGUAAACAGAGCACCACUCCCUCAAUCGUGGAGGUUUUCGGAGAUGGGGACUCAAAUUCCGAUGGCUGUGACAACUCCAAGAACAAGAGUGAAAUUAGCGAAUUUCAAGAAGAGCAAACAGAUCACCAAGCUGGAAAUUAAGGGUAUAACGUCACGCCCUGCAACAUCUCUCCAGCGCGUAAGGUUAUCUUAUUAA